AUGUCAUACCUAGGAAUGCAAUACCAGGCAAACCGACUAGCCACGUUUGAGAACGGAGUGCGAGAAGGCAAGAAUAAGAAAAGGCAAUACUGGACAUAUGAGCUUCCAGAUAGACAUCAUUUAGCGGAAUUUGGAUUUUAUUUCACGCCAACAAAAGUUUAUAAUGACCAAAUUACUUGUUUCUGUUGCAAAAAGAAAGAGAAGAACAUCGAGGGCGUUGAGAAUAUAGCGGAAUACCACCUCAAAAACAACCCAAAGUGUGCUUUCGCACAUAUUAUUAUGGCCCAGUACAAUCAUUCAAUUGAGGGAAGCGAUGCUUUCUGGCAAAGUGACCAAGCUGAAGUUCUUAGAGAACCAUUUAGUAGAAGUGCGGUGGCUUUACGACGGAGAACGUUUGGUAAAUAUUGGCGUUUUGACAAUGGAGCUCCUGUAUCAGCGACCAGCCAGGCAUUGGCAAAAGCAGGGUUUUUCUAUUGUCCAGUUGACCAAGGAGAUGACCGUACUCAGUGCGUUUACUGCAAGUUUUGCCUUGAAGGAUGGAGUGAAGAAGACGAUCCACUCGAAGAACAUAGAAAGUACCAAAGUGAUUGUUACCUACUUCAUUGUGCACUGAAAUUACCUGUGAAGCAAACUACGAAACCUAUGCGAAGACACUUGAGAGAAGGCUCGGCAUCUCUCUCUGAAGGAGAAGGAAUGUCGAACGCGACUACAGAUGGCGAGUUUUCCGAUGCAAAUUUUACCCUGGCAGACAACCAACUAAAGGUCGAUCAGGCCCUAAAAAUCCAGGCCACAGAUGAGGCUAGCGCAGUUUGCAAUCUUUCCGCUCUGGAAGAACCUGAAGAAGAAGUCGAACCUCGACGAAAAAGUCGGCGUCUUCAUAAAAAUACUGUACCAGACACGAGCCAAGAGGAAGGUCAUCUGUCCCUCCUUCUCUCUGACACGGAGACGAAGUUGGAAUCUCGAGUGUAUGGUUCCAAGAGAAAAAGAAGAAGGGCAACUCCCAGCUUAUCUGAACGUAAUGGUGUCGUUCAUGACUCUCUAGAAAGUGACAAAGAUUUGCUUUUUAGUAACAAACUGGGACCAGCGGAGGAACAAAGCUCAAUAAAUCUCUCGAGUCAGCAGUCAACGGAUGCAAACAAAGUCCCCGAAAGUUCAAGUGAUGAGAUUUAUGUUAGUGAAAGCACCAGGAAUGUUGAAACCUCCGCUUCGUUUGCGGCUACGGAGAGCGGUGAGACUGACUCACCAAUUUCAGAAGACUCAUCAUUUGAACCUUCGACGAAAAGGAGGAAGUCAGCCAAAAAGCCAGCGAAGAAAGAUGUUUCCAAGCUUAAUUCAACCACAAGUAAGCCGCAAUCUCAAAAAACCAAAGCUAAAGAUCCCUUCGAGACCUCAUUUGAUGAGACCCGAUUUAACGAUGUGUUGAAGUCUCCCAAAAAGGCUUCCAAAAUCAAAUUGAGGUCCAGACUAUCUCAGCAACCAGAGCUUGAUAUCGAGAGGAACCUCGGUGAUUAUGACGACAAUCAUUUGAAUUCAAUUGAGCACGAAGUGGGGCAUAUAUUUAAUGGAAGCGCAGUUAAGGUUGAGAAAAGGGAUCCCAAAAAGAUGGUAGAAGCUAGCAAGGAGAAGCAAAAGAGAAAUGUCAAUCUUGACUCGUCUUUACACGAUAUUUCGGGAGGUAUAUUUGACCUUGAAAAGUCUUUUGAUGAAAAUAAGAAGCGACAACUGGAAUACAAUCUUGUUAUAAAGGAUGAGUCUCUAAAGUUCAAGGAUGCUACAUCACAGGAACACAUGGACAGAGAUCACAAAACCAUGGAUUUUAAUACUGAUCAAAAUAAUGAUAAGCCUUUUCGUGUCGCUUCGCCCAAUAAUGCCUCAGAAGCAACGGAACCAAAAGAAGCCGAAGAAAUACCUCCAAAGUCAACAUCAAGGUACUACACAAGUCUCUUUAGUGACUCCUCUAGCGAAGCAUCAUUUAGGGAGAACACUGCGCCGAGAAAAGUCGAUUCUCCUUUACACCAACAUGAGUCUGAUCCUAAGGAUGAAUCGGAGCAUAAACCUGCUUCUAAGCCUGAUGCUAAACCUGAUCCCGAAUCUAGACAUAUGCCUGAUCCUAUGCCUGAUCCCAAGUCUGAUCGAAAUACUGAAAACACUUCUAAGGACUCUGAUGAGAAGUCUGCUCAUACAUCAGAUAAGUUUGACCCCUCUACAAAGGAUGCCCCAUCAAAUGCAAUCGGUGAAAUAUCAAAGGUAAAUGCUAAAUCACCCAUCUCUCCUUCUGUUUCAAAUGACGGCCACGAGUCCUCUAAAAGUGCCAGUGAAGAGUCCAAGCUAACGGCACCAAACGACCACUCUUCAGCAACCAGCAAAAAUGCGUCCUCGGCGCUGAUAAAUGCUGAGAUUCAAGAAAAAAACCGUACUUCUACGGCUGCACCAACUUCGGUAAACCACAGCUUGGUAAGACUGCCAGUAGAGAUGCCAAAUAAGGAAAGAUACCGAAGCUCACCAAUCUUGGAGUCUUCAGUUCAGAACUUGCGAAAACUGCCAGCGAAGAGCCCUCAUGUCAAUUCUUCUCAGAUAGAUAUUCGGAAAUCUAUUUUACCAGAGUUGUCUUCCAAAGCAGAUUUUGCAGCCGAACCUUCACCAACUCACAUCUCGACCAACAAAGAACGAGGUGGAAAACCAGCAGAGUCUCCAGAUCAUAGGAAUCAGAAAAGCGAAACACUUCUGGAGCAAAUAGACCGCUUCUCUGCCAGUUUCAGCAACGUAUUGGAAGCAAGUACACCGCAAAAAAAAGUUGCAGCAGGUCUGCAAUCGUGGGUAUCAAGACCCCUCUCCCAGCUAUUAGAAGUUAUAGACAAGCUUGAAGGGGCCUCUGAGUACCUCACUAAUAUCGUAUCGUCAGAGUAUGAUCUACAUAAUGAUUUUGAUGGCCGUCUUACUUCGUUCAUCUCUUCGAUGCCAGAGGAGGAAGAAGAUAUGACAAUUCAAGAAUGGGUCAAACAUAAUGCAAGCAUGUGUCGGAAAGUGGCCAAAGAAACAUGCAAUAGUCUCAUCGAAACAUACAGGGAAGAAUUCAAUCGAGCUUUGCGUAUACUUGAAUCACUACCUACAUCGGACUCACCAUAA